AUAUAUAGAAAAAGAAAAAUAUAUGAAAGGGCAAAUAUAAACCCUUUGUCCCUCUAUAAAAUGAAAGUACCGGUCUACUCAUUCAACGAACUGUGUAACUGCAGUGCAGCAACAACAGAAGGCCUUGUAAUGGAGAAGAGAGAAGACUUGAAGUCAAUCCUUCCGUUAUUACCCAUUUCAUUCCAAUCAUCUUCAUUCUUUUGGCCACCACCAGUAAUUGAAGCACUUAAAUCUCUCUCAAAAGGCCCUCAUCACAGCAACGUUGACUCUGGUGAAGUCCUUUUCAUCGCCAUUUCCGAUAUUCGAAACUCUCUCAAUCUCCCUGAUUUUUCCAUUGAUGCUUCUGCUUCUCAUGGUUUUGCUCUCUUCUUCGAUGAUUUGCUUCCUAGGGCUGAAGCUGCAAAAUGGUUCGAAGAGGUGGUGCCGCGCUUGGCUAAUUUGCUUUUGAAAUUGCCUUCGGGUAUAUUUGCCCCUUUUCCCUUAUUAGAAACUCACUAUGAGAAUGCUGAUGAUGGAGUUUUGAAAGGAGUCAAAACCGGUCUUCGCUUGUUAGAAUCACAAGAGCCUGGCAUUGUCUUCCUUAGUCAGGAAUUAAUCGGAGCUCUUCUUGCAUGCGCGUUGUUUUGUCUAUUUCCUACCAGUGAUCGAGGUGCCAAACAUCUUCCAAUGAUCAACUUUGAUCACUUAUUUGCGUGUCUACAUGAUCAUUAUGAAGAAGCACUUGAAAAUAAAUUGAAGUGCAUUGUUCACUAUUUUGGGAGGAUAUGUUCAUCUAUGCCAGUGGGCUAUGUGUCUUUUGAGCGAAAAGUUCUUUCUGUGGAAUAUAGUCCAUCUUGUAUUCCCUAUCCAAAGGAAAGAGUAUGGAGCCAGUCCAACAUUUCCCUUUGCCAUAUUGAGACUUCCAUUUCAGGCUUAAUUGAAGAUCAAUCUCGUGAAGCUAUUGAAGUUGAUUUUGCUAACAUGUAUUUAGGAGGUGGUGCUCUCAUUAGGGGCUGUGUGCAGGAAGAAAUUCGGUUUAUGAUCAAUCCAGAGUUAAUUGCUGGCAUGCUUUUCCUGCCGUGCAUGGCAGACAAUGAAGCGAUAGAAAUUGUUGGUACGGAGAGGUUUUCAAGUUAUACCGGGCAUGCCUCUUCUUUCCGGUUUAAUGGUGACUAUGUCGACAAAAAGGAAAUUGACGUUCUUGGAAGGCGUAAGACUAGGAUAGUUGCAAUAGAUGCACUGUGUCGCCCGGGAAAGAGCCAGUACCGACUUGAAGGCCUUCUAAGGGAGAUUAACAAAGCAUUUUGUGGCUUCAUGGAUCAAUACAAGUGUCAUCAGUAUCAACAGCUUUUCAAAGAUGAUCAAAAUGUUAAAGCCACCGGUGGAAAGUCCAUUGUUAAUCUUUUGUCGCUUGGUCAUACUUCAACCUCAUCUCAAGCAACUGAGGAAACAUUGGGUAACCAGUUAAUCAGAAAUCACGAGGGUCACAAUGGUCAACCUUUAGACAAUCAGCAUGAAAUUGGGGUUGUGACUGGAAAUUGGGGUUGUGGUGCUUUUGGAGGAGAUCCUCAACUUAAAACUAUGCUUCAAUGGAUUGCUGCAUCUCAGGCAUUGAGACCUUACAUCUUGUAUUACACAUUUGGCCUGGAAGCAUUGCAGAUGCUGGACCAGGUGACUCAAUGGAUUGUUUCACAUCAGUGGACGGUAGGGGAGCUUUGGAAGGUGUUGGUGGAAUACUCGUCUCAGAGAUCGAGGGGAGAAACUAGAGUAGGUUUCUUCAGUUGGCUCCUUCCGUCGUUGUCUUCUCAAUGACGAUGCCAUGCUCAACAAUUCCUGUGAUGAUCGAGGUUUCCCGGGCAGUUUAGCUUAAUAAAGUUACACGGUUCUCGUAUAUGCCAUUUCUUCUUAUUGUAUUCUAAGGUUAUAGGUAUCAUCAUGGCUCUAUCUUUAUGCUGGCUGUCAGCCUACUGCGGGAGCUUUCCUGGUCUCUUCGAACGUGGGACCAACCAUGCAAAGCUCACAUUGGUGGAGUUGUUGUUUAGAUGAAGUUCUAGUUGUUAUUAUUACACUUGUAUUUUAGUCAAAGUUACUUGUAUAUCAGUGUUGGGUAACUCCGAUUUAGAGAAUCCCUACAGAAAAAUAAUUUGUACUGGAUCGGAAUGAAUAAAACUGAAUAAAGCCGGAUGGUUACAACAUAAUUUUACAACCGAGACCAACUAGUUUUGUAUUUCUUUUCUAAUAUAUACAAGUGUCCAAGAGGGACGAACACAGCAACAAUAAGUUGUACAAAAAGCUGUCUGAGUUGUAUACUAAAUUUGAACUUAUUUCAAUUAUACU